AUUGCCUGAAUUCUGUUUAUAUAAAGUAGCCGGGCGGAACACCUCACACACUCAGUAGUCAGUUCGGGACACCCAGGCGGUGUGCUUCUGGCUGGACGAAAACAUAGUUGGUGAACAUGGACUCGGCAUAUACGCUGAACACGUGCAACGUCCGGUCGGAAGCCCUAACCUGCACCAGACCUUUCCUAGGAGGUCCGCAGCUGACGGAUGUCUGUCCUGGAACUAGGUGCACUUUGUUUCUGACCCUGCUGAACACUCUAGUUGACAUCCAUCCUAAAAUAGCUGAUCCAUGCGGACGCGUCGAGCCGGUCAAGACGCCGAACCUGCGAUAUGAUUUUGUGGUGAUCGGAGGAGGCAAUGCAGGUGCAGCGAUAGCGGGAAGGUUGAGCGAGGUACCCGAAUGGAACGUUCUGCUGUUGGAAGCUGGGCCUGACGAGCCAGCAGGAGCUGAGAUUCCCAGCAACUUGCAAGCUUUCCUGGAUACCGAGUUGGAUUGGAAGUACAAGACCUCCAACGAAACGAAAGCGUGCCAAGCUACAGGUGGAGUUUGCUCCUGGCCACGGGGAAAGAAUUUAGGUGGAUGCACGGUUCAUCAUGGAAUGGCCUACCAUCGUGGAAAUUCUCAGGAUUACAAAAGAUGGGUGACCAUGGGCAACUGGGGGUGGUCCUGGAACGAUGUGUUCCCGUACUUUUUACUUUCCGAGGAUAACCGAGAGAUCAACAGGGUUGGGAGUGCGUAUCACUCCACCGGAGGGCCUCUGCCCGUAGAAAGAUUCCCUUGGCAGCCGGACUUCGCAUGGGAUAUCCUGGAGGCUGGGAAAGAGAAAGGAUACAAAGCGCCGGAAGACCUCAUUGGAGAUGAAAUCACUGGAUUCACGGUGGCUCAGACCAUUAGCAAGAACGGUGUCAGAGUCAGCAGUGCGGCUUCUUAUCUCAGGCCUAAUAGAUUCCGACCAAACCUCCACGUAGCUUUAAAUGCCACCGCUACCAAGAUACUAUUCACCGAGAAGAAGGCCACCGGUGUCCAAUUCCGCAUGAACGGAUUGCUGCGGACGGUCCGGGUUCGUCGCGAGAUCGUAUUAUCAGGAGGUUCGGUGAACUCUCCCCAGUUGUUGCUGCUCUCCGGAGUAGGCCCAGCCGAUGACCUCAAGGCCUUGAAGAUCCCAGUGAUUCAAGAUUUGCCAGGAGUCGGUGAAAACCUUCACAACCAUGUCUCUUAUGCCCUGGAUUUCACCCUAAACGAGCCCACGGAACGCGACCUGACAUCGCCCGUUGCCGACCAGUAUUUGCACAAUCAAACCGGACCCAUGUCAUCCACGGGGCUGGCCCAAGUCACCGGAGUCUUGGCGUCCAACUAUACCUCCCCGGAUGACCCCGACUUACAGUUCUACUUUGCUGGCUAUCAAGCAGCCUGUCCCGGCAAUCCAGGAAUCUCUGACAUUCACUCUUACGAUGGCAAGAGAACGGUCAGAUUCACUGCCGUAAACAUUCAUCCCAAGAGCAGAGGAUUCAUUAAACUGGCCAGCAAGAAUCCUCUGGAGCCCCCGUACAUCCAGAGCAACGAUCUCGUAGAUCCUAGAGACGUCCAGGUGCUGAUAGAUGGACUUAACAUAAUCCUUUCAUUGGCCAAUACCACCGUCAUGGCAAAGCGAGGCAUUAAACUGGCGACGAUCCCUCUGCAACAAUGCUCCAAUUACGAAUUCCCCAGCGACGAGUAUUUCAAUUGCGCCGUUCACCAAGACACGCGUACCGAGAACCAUCAAUCUGGAUCCUGCAAAAUGGGACCAUCCUCCGACCCCAUGGCCGUGGUGGAUCCUGAACUCAAGGUCCAUGGUGUGAGCGGACUCCGAGUUGCCGAUGCAUCGAUCAUGCCUCAGGUCGUCUCUGGAAAUCCUUCGGCUCCUAUCACCAUGAUUGGAGAGAGGGCCGCGGACUUUAUCAAGAAAGAAUACGGAAUACCGACCGCGCUUUCUGAGAACCAGGAUCGCUAAGAUGAGCUGCUCUUGAUAAUCAUGUUUUAACGAUAACACAACCAACUUCGUGUUAAAGAUUUGAUGCCGCCCUGGCGAGUUGAAGGACCUCUUCCUCCCACUAAGAUGUGUAUGCAUAAAUAAAAAACAUGAUAACUAUAAA